GCUUCAUUGCUCGGAGAAAUCAACACGAGAGAUCGAGAGAGAGCGAGUUACAGCGAGCGGACCUGCAGUCAUAGCUGAGCAUAUCUUUCGCAGUUCAUCUCUGAGAUUUGACAUAGCUGUCGCCAGCUCUUGACAGGAUGUCCAGUGAGGUGCAACAGAGGCUGGACGACAGCCCCAACGGCAGCGGAGGAGGCAGCUCGGACGCAGAGCAGAGGGAGUCAGCCCCCGCCGAGCAGCCUGGAGAGAGGGAUAGAGAGAGGGAGAGGGAGAGGGAGAGGGGAGAGAGGGAUCAGUCCCAGCCGAAGAAGAAGGAGGCCAAGAUCUCCAGCAAGACGGCUGCCAAACUCUCCACCAGUGCCAAGAGGAUCCAGAAGGAGCUGGCGGAGAUCACUCUGGACCCUCCACCCAACUGCAGUGCUGGCCCUAAAGGUGAUAACAUGUAUGAGUGGAGGUCCACCAUUUUGGGGCCUCCAGGCUCCGUGUACGAGGGAGGUGUUUUCUUCCUGGACAUCGCCUUCACUCCAGACUACCCCUUCAAACCUCCAAAGGUGACGUUCCGUACGCGUAUCUACCACUGCAACAUCAACAGUCAGGGUGUGAUCUGUCUGGACAUCCUGAAGGACAACUGGAGUCCAGCGUUGACCAUCUCCAAGGUCCUGCUGUCCAUCUGCUCCCUACUCACAGACUGCAACCCUGCGGACCCCUUGGUGGGGAGCAUCGCCACACAGUACCUAACCAACAGAGUGGAACACGACAGGAUAGCCAAGCAGUGGACCAAGCGCUACGCCACAUAGACUGCCUGACAACCCCCCAAAUGCCCCCCCUAGCUGAAGCACCCCCACCCCACCCCACCCCCAGACCCCCAUCUGACACAGGACCUGUCAAGCACCCCUGCUCCCGAAAUGUCCAGACCUUGUGUUCCCUACUUCCAAACUGCCCUUAGGACCCCCUACCCACCAACACGCCUCUGCAGAACACCCAAGGACACCCCAGCCCUACUCAGUGGCCAAUGCCCAACCCUCUCCAAUCCCAAUCCCCCCCGCCACCCGACCCAACACCUACUCCUGUUGUUCACCCUUAUGUGACAAAAAAAAAGAAAAAAAUCUUUUUGUUCCUUGUUGACUUGAACGCUUUUUUAUACAGUGUAUAUGUAUACAAAGAGUAGAUUGGGAUUGUAUUUUCCAAUACACUGAAUGUUGGUAAGGUCAUAAAAAGCUUUAUUAUUAUUAUUGCUGUUGUUGCUGUUAUUGUUAUAACUAUUAUAAUUGUUGUUAUGAUUAUCAUUAUGACAUAAUGUAAUAUUGUCAUCUGUGUGUGUGUGUGUGUGUGUGUGUGUGUGUGGGUGUGUGUGUGUGUGUGUGUGUGUGUGUGUGUGUGUGUGUGUGUGUG